ACGAGCGUCAGUGCGCGCGCGGUUACCAAGCAUGGCGGCGCUGCUGUGGGUGUUUAUAAUAUUUGCGUGUUUAGGGAAGACCGUUUGCGUGAAUAAUGCAAGCUCGAACCAAGUCAACGUCACGCAUGUCGUUUCAAAGGACACGUUUGUUUUUGAUAAAGCUUUUAAUUUGACCGGGAGACAAGAAAAUGGCACUUCAGCGCCUCAGUUCAUCUCGACACCAACAGAGCAGAGCACUAAUGCCCCAGUGAGUGAUGGAGGAGUCCAGACACCAACAUCCGCCUUCGCAUCCCCGGAGACCUCCACUUUCACACCAACAGAGAUACACACAACAAAAACACCCUUAUUUACAACAGAAGGCUCAAAAACAAGCAUAUCAGCUACAACAGCGACCCCUGAAACUGAGAAUGUGGGCAUUUCCUCCCUGCCUUUACCCCUCUCAGGGACACUACCUCAGCCUGUCACUGAAGUGUCUGCUGUGUGUCCGUGUAACGUACAGAGACAGCGAUGUGAUAUAAACUGCUGCUGUGACCCGGAUUGCACUCAGGAGCUGGCCCUCUUCACACACUGCUUAGUGCAGAAAGUUGUCGGGGAUGCUAAGCUGUGCAGCCAGGAUGCAGCUGUGUACACACUCACUGUAACCCCAGAGGGUUUGUCCCAAGUGAUGACGUCUGUCCAGCGAGAGAUCAACCCUGAUGUCUUCUGCAUACAGUCUGCUAACUAUGAACAGGGCAUGUCCUUCAUCGACCCGACGAUUCCCACCGAGAACAAUUUCGACAGUCUCUUUAAUCGCUUUGCGGGAUUCUUCUUCAGAGCCUCGAGUGGAGACGGCCAUGAACUACCGACUCCUGCACAGGAAAACUCUCCAGGAUACGUGUAUGGGGAUCUCAUCCAGACGAUGGAUUAUGCCGAGCAGCGAGGUUUCUUCAGGUUUCCAGCAUCUGCUAGUACAGCGAACUGCUUAGACAUGAACCCUGCAGCCUUUCUACAGGAUCAGACGAGCAGAUGUGUGAGGAGCUUCGCUUUGGCCCAAGAUUGCACCAUGUUAGAUGCGCUGAAUCUUAAAGCGUACACCAGUUUCCGUGUUUUUUCAGGGAAGGACACUGGUGCUGAUCUGGUGUCUGUAGAAGUGGAGAACAUUACACUGCGGUCUCUCGAGGGCACACACACACUGGUACAGACGGAUGCCGCUGCUGCUUCUGACUACACACCCGUGCUUCAUGGUCAGGUCUGCAACCAGGUGGUGCUGCAGGUUAAAUACACGGUCAGGUUUGAUGACGCUGGGCAGAUUGUGACCGUGAAGGCGUCUUUCGUUCUGGGUGCUGUAGAUGAAAAAACGCUGCCGAUCCAGCAGGAAUUCCACAUAACGUUUGUUCAGGAGUCCAGAAGUGAUGCUACACUUCGCUCCAGUGGAAAUCCUGGUUAUGUGGUUGGGCUGCCCCUUGUGGCUGGAUGGAGAACUGCAGAAGGAAUUCUCCGAAGCUCAGAUCCAGAUGGAUCUCUCACUGUAUUAAAGAGUUCUGCAGAGCAGGACUGUCUGUUCGGCCCGACCCAGCGCUCCCCUGUACUGUUCGGGAUGGAUGUGGUGUCAGGAUGCACAUUUAGGCUUGAGGACAGUGCGAACUGUUCGUUACUCUCUGAAGUCAUUUUAGCGAGACUGAAAGGCCAGACUUUUCCAGACUCUGUGGCAUCUUUUGGAAAUUCUCUUCCUCAGAACCCCAUGGACUGGGUUCCUAUAGAGAACCAAACCACACCAACGAGCACGCAGGGAUGCAGCAUUCCAGUGUCCUAUCAUCUUGAAGUAAGAUGGACCAAGUAUGGUACCUUGGUGAACCCCCAAGCCCAGAUAGUGAAAGUUAUGGAAACAAUUCAGACCAACACCAGCACCUUGCCAUCUCCCUUGACCAGUGGUGGUGUCGUCUCCGUCAUGAUUUCUGUAAGUUUCAUUGACGUGUCACUGUCAGCCAGCCCAGGAUUCAGAGCUCCACCCACCAUCAACGCCAAACUACCUUCUGACUUUUUCUUCCCGUUUGUAUAAACAAGGAAAUGAGGGUUUACACAACAUAAUUAAACUAAAGCAUGAAAAUUUGGACUCUCUUGGCCCCGCCUUCAAAAUCAUCACACUAUUGAGGACUUCCAUGUGACAUCAUCACAACUGUGGAUUUGUUUACGCGGCCAUAUUGCCGGGCAAGCUUUUUGAGAGACAAUGACCGGCGCACGUGUACACGAGCGAUUGUAAGCCCAAUUCAGUACACAUCUUCAGACAAACUUGUAGAAGUUCCAUCUAAAAGAACAAUACCAGAGACCUGUAGUGCUUUUGGAUGUAAUAACAGACGUGGAGAUGAGCCUGGUUUAACUCCUCACCGCUUCCUGGUGAACCCAGAAAGAUGAGAAAAAGGGCAGGCUGCAGUUAAACAGGAGACUACCAUUCCUGUGUGUGUGUAGAACAUUUUAUAUCAGGUUAGUGUGAAAGCUCUGUGCAACGUUAAAAUGUAGAUCUGGAUGUGGGCUUUGAGCACGAUAUAUUUUAUUAGUCCUAAUACUUGGCUUGACGGAGCAGCACGUUUGUUAUGUCCUGAUAAUGUAGACUCAGCUAAACACCAUAAAGUAUGCUAGAUCUAGGCCCUGGCUUGUUUAUUACUACUACAUUUGAAGUCCACAUUUGAGCUUAUCUUUGUCAUAAGGUAUUUUUCUUCAUCAGGAAUUUCCCAUAACAUUCCAGCACGAAACCUGCCUCGAAAUCUUGGUCAGCAUCUGUACUUUUGUAAGCCUUUAGCACCUCCGGUGUAUUUAGAAGCCCCAAAUACUAAAUAGUUCAGGAUGUCGUAGUGUCCCAAAUCCCGUAGGAAGGAGCAGCCUUUUUUUGUCGCAUGUAAACUCAAGCACAGUGAAAUUUCUGCUCUGCAUUUAAACCAUCUGACACAGUGAACGCAUGCAUGCAUACACAGUGAGCGUGAGCGAGCAGUGGGCAGAAUAAAUAAAUAAAAACAUUUGUGGGUAAAUUAUAUGGAUCUGUGAUGCCUGCAUGUUUCAGCUUUUGGAUGCAACACGACCUGCUGGUAUAAAAUAUAAAUUUAAUAAUUUCGGAGAGAUUGUACUGACUGCAGUCGUCGCGAUUGUCAUUAUUAACUGUCGCGGCCGUUUCUUUGUUUGCCCGGCGAUAUGGUGGACGCAAUAAACAAAAAUCUGUGACGUCAGUGAAAGUACUGUAAGGGUUGUGAGUGAGUAAUUUGGUGUGUUUUAAUUCUAAAAUGAAUGCUGCAAAAAUGGCAAAAGAAGUACUAUUUUGUGAUAACGUGAAAAUUGUACAAAGGGAACAUGGACUAUGGAUUUGCAAUUUGUAAAAUUCUGAUUUUAUGUUUAUAUUACUGUACACUCACUGUACAAGCAUUUGUUGGAUUGGAGCAAGCAACACUUAAUUGACUGUCAUUGUCAAUGUUUUUGAAGUUUUCCAGUUUGAAAAAAUAGCACAACAUUUAAAUUGUGGAGGACUACUUUUGCUUGAGCAAAGGAGGCGUAAAAAAGGAAAUUUGUAUUUAUAUUAUUUAAAAAAUUAUCAACCCACAUUGUUAUUUUCUCUGGCAUUAAUGGCAGCUGUGGUAGUGUAUUAUUGAUCAGGACAGACAGUAUAAAAUGUAUGUAUUUAUAGAGAUCUUUGACAUCUAUCUAAAACCAUUUAUAUAUAAAUGAGGCAUUUUAGACUUUUUUUUUUUUAAUAUUUAUUCUUUAUUGUGCCCUCAUUCCCCUCUCCACAACAAUGGCAAUACUGUAAAUAGUAAUUAUUCUGUACGAACUAUAUAUGGUACACAGUUCUAUGCAAAAGUCUUACGCACGUGUAAAGAAAUGCUGUCAACCAAAAAUGGCUUAAAAAUAAUUAAAUGAAAUGUUUCAACAUUUAAAAAAAAAUAAUAAUUUUUUAUAUAUAUAAGCAGUAAGUCAUAAUAAAUGAAACAAAGUCAAUAUUUGGUGUGCGAUGACCCUUUGCUUUAAAUAAUAAUAAUUUCCAGUACAGCGAGUGCAGUUUUAUAAGGAAACGAGCUGUAGGUUUUACUGAGCAUCUUACAGAACCAGCCACAGUUCUUCUGGACACUUUGACGGUCAUACUUGCUUCUUAAUUUUGCACCAAAACCCAGUAGCUUUCAUUAUUAUUAUCUGAAAAGUGCUCUCUUAUGGAAUACGCUACUCAGAUACAAUUUUUUUUUUUUUUUUUUUUUUACCCCCCUGUAACAUUUAAUUUUGUGCUGGAAAACAAAUGUUUGGACUCUAAAAUGUUUUUGUACUGACUCGAUAAUGUUGAAGUCAUAAAAUUGUUAUAGAUUUCUAAGUUCGUAUGGGGGGGAAACCAAGGGGCCUAAAACUUUUGCACAGUACUGUGUACUGCACUCAGAUUCACAUUUUAUAAUACAUAAUAUUUUCAAUUAUAAAAUAAACGUUUGAUUCUUUUAGAAAAUAUUCAGUUGAGUACAUUAUCUCGCAGCAGGCUGAACAGAAGCUUAACAGUUUCAGUCUUAGAAAUAUAUUAGUAUACAUACUGUAAUUUUGCAUAGACUUUGAAUAAGAAAAUAAUUGAAUUCAAGUUGGGUUAUAAACUUUUUUUUUUUUUUUAAAGAAAAUAUAAAGAACAAGCUCACAGUUGAUUUCCCUUCUCAAAUAUUCCCAACGUUACAUAAUGCAGACUAUUGACUACCUGUGGGAGAAGGCUUCGUAGAUAGGCAUGAUGUUGGACUCCUGAUUCCUGAAAUAAAGUCUGUGUCUUGUUCAGAAGGCAGUACGAGUACAGCUUGGGAAGGCAGUCUCAUAAAUCUGUUCACUUGAUGAAAGUGAAUUAUGAAGUCUUGAAAGAAAAAAAAUAAAUAAAAAUGGUGGCCAGAACUGAUGCAGAUUCUGCAUUCGACUAAAUUCAGAGGUGGAAACUCAGAAUUGCGUAAUUUUUCAAAUAAACUCGCUGUACAGUGGGUUAACAAACAUGGAUGCCUUCACGGUUGUCUUAUGUAAGCAAAAAUCCAGCUAGCUAACUGUGAUGACUGAUGUCCAUUUACCUCCUCAGCUGUAUACAGCGAACGGUUUUAUAAUAGAUUUAACAAGCUAAUAUGUUGAUUGAUCGAAAGCAAAUCCUAGUAUAUGCAGCAUAACUUGAGGGGCUACAGGGAUUAAAAGGGACAGUCCUGACUUCUCCAUGUAGGAAUUCUAGUCAGAGAUCAGAAAUUCCAAGUGACGGGUUUUAGUUGCGUCUGUAAUCUUAUUGCAAACCUUGAGUAACAGUUAAGAUAUUUAAGUUAUUCCAUAAAAUCGAGUCGUACAUGAGCUGAUCACCUGUAAACCACGUAUGACGAGAUCGAGUGGAAUAAUUGUUUUAUUCUAGCCACAUUGACUGGAUUUUCAGAAACUGAGCUUUUUUUUUUUGCAAAUUUAAUAAAAUUUAAAACUUUUAUACAAAACGUCCAAAAAAAUCACUUCUGCUCAGAAUGUAAACAAUCCAGCGAAAUGA